GCCGUACAGGACGACUAACAAAUGUGCGAUGAGACCUCCUUUCUUGAAACGCCUAUAGUUUGAACACACGUGAGGAGGGGGGAGAACUUCACUCGUUUUUUGUAUUAGUGCCGCUGCAGCUUUAAAAUCUCCGAAAGCUCGUGUUGAGCUUCGGGCUAACAGAGGCGAGGAGGUGCAACCAAAACAAAAAAGGUAGCCGACAGCUAAGUGAGCCUCCAGACUCACGGUUUUGGUUCUGUAUCUGAAAGCGCUCCGGUAACAUGUCAGCCGUACAGAACGAAUCCAGGAAACGGAGCAAGAAGCGCUAUGUGGCCGGCCACCACAACAAGCGGUGGAAGGGCUCCCGUGAGCUGGAGGUGGGCAUGCAGGGGAUCCUCAUCACAUGCAACAUGAACGAGAGAAAGUGCACGGCGGAGGCCUUGAAUCUCCUCGGUGAAUACGCAGACAAGCUCUGUGGUCCCGAGAAGCUGCAGGAAAAUAUGGGGAGCAGCAGUGAAGAGGAGGAGGCUGAAGAAGAAGAUGUUGAUGUUGCCCUGAAGAAAGAAGUGGCACAGCUGCAGGCAUCUGGGACUAAACAGGAGAGGCGUUUCCAGGCUCUCGAUAGUGGAGCAAACAACGUGAUCUUCAUCAGAACUCAGAACAUAGAAUCUGACAAACUGGUUCAUCACAUCCUGUCAGAUCUCCAUACUACCAAGAAGAAAAAGUCACGUGUGAUCCUUCGAAUGCUGCCAGUAACCGGAACGUGCAAAGCUUUUCAGGAAGACAUGGUGAAAUAUCUGACCACUUUCCUGGAGCCUUGGUUCAAAACUCCAAACUGUGCUACCUACCAGAUCGCCUUCAAGGCCCGCAACAGCAGCCACAACAAGCGAGAUGAAAUCAUCAAAUCUAUCGCAGGCCUUGUGGGGAAGCUGAACCCUAAGAACAAAGUGGAUUUGACUAACCCUGAACUUACGAUCAUUGUGGAGGUCAUCAAGGCAGUGUGUUGCCUCAGUGUGGUAAAAGACUAUACAUUGUACCGAAAGUACAACGUUCAGGAAGUGGUGAAAGACGACAUAUCCAAGCCUGAGGUGACCACAGAAAAAGCAGAUACAAACACGACCAAUCAGAAGGAGAAACCCGAUGCAGGAGAGGCGGAUAAAGAAGAGAAGAAGGGUGAAGAAGAUGAGGACAAAAGUGUGUCACCGGAGAAGGGGGAGGGUGAUAAAGGUGAAGGUGGUGGGGAGUGAUUAAAAAAAAAAAAAUCGAACAAAUAUCAUUUAAGUUGCUUUACAGUUUAGUGCUUUUGUUUUAAAUGGACUGAUUUGUCAAAACCAUGAGUUCUGUAAACAUCAAAAAGGAUUCUUAAUAAUUUAAUUUUUUUUAUAUUCAUAGGCAUAUCUGGCAUAUAUUAGCACCUUCAUUGAGCUGUGCGUUUCAGAUAGCAGUGAUUAAAAAAAAAAUAUAUAGAUUUUACAAAACUUUUGUAACUGCUGACAGUUUUUUUUUUUUUUAAUGGUGAAUUUGACUUUUAAUUACAGUAUGUUUUUAUUUCUGGCAUUCUCACUAAAAAAAGGACUUUUACUCGGGUUAAUAGGUGUCACUUCUAGUAGUUGUUACUGUUGUGUAACUGUUGUUUCCUAAAUUUGUCCCUGCUGCCUGUGUUUGGCUGGUUAUCCACGUCUUUACUUAAUGUGUGGUGCUUUGGGUUCUAGUCAUCAGCACAAUAAAAGAAAAGAUGUGGAGGUGGAGAGAGAAGGUUAUGGCAUACAUAUAAACUGUAUGAAUGUUGCUUUACACCUGUAGAACAUCUGAGUACAACGUGUCGAUACUUCUUUGGCAGUUCUUUUGUACUCCACAAGAUGGAGCUAAAGCAUCAUUUUCCAGAGUACUGACUGUCGUGUGAUAAAUGUAUUGGUGUCUCAUUAGUUAUAAGUUUAACAAAAUCAUUCAUAUUCAUACCUACAGUAAAUCACCUGCUGUUUCUACAUGUUUCUUUUAGAAGAAAUAUUCUUGCAGCUGUUUCUCAGUUUUGAAUAGUACAGUCUUCAAUUAGUUGUAUAGAAAGUAACGUCUUAUUACAGAAUUAAAAAUAAAUCUACAUGUAUCUGAUACCAGAAAUGUAA